AUGGAGCCUCGAGGAAUCUUGAGAAACAAGGAAACCAAAUCGGCGGAGGAGACCCGCGCAGAGGAGUUCGACCGUCAAGAGGUCAUUCGCAAUACUAGAUUGAAUGCACAGCUAGCAGCAGAGACCAACCGGGGAAAGGAGAUCAGAGCCAAAAUCGCAGAGGCAAAAGGAGACAGCCAUGAUGCCAGGGCCCUUCCGGAGCACCUCAAAUGGGAUGAGCUUAAUUUGUAUCAGACGGAACAGGAGAAGGCCGCGACCAUGAAAAUCGACGAGCCAAAGACGCCAUACGAGGGUGGAUUCGACCCUGAAGGCGAAUAUUACAGGGACGACGGAGAUGAAGAUACCGGUCCGGGUGAAAUUCCCGAGCUCCUGCUUGGGGAAGGCGAGUAUGACAUGCGUGAGGUGCAGAGUCUGUCUUUGAAUGGAGGCGAGUUGAUAAAUCCAGGGGUGGGUUCGCCCGACGGAGACGAGCAAGGAGACGCAGAGCCCGAAGCCCCUGCCUUGCUGGCAGAAGAGAGACACAAGAGAUUUGAGGAGAUGAGGAAAGCACACUAUCAUAAUGCUGCCAAUCCCCUCAAACACGAGAUUGAUAUACCGGACGUGGAUGAAAGCGAGCAAGGGCCCGAUAAGCAAUAG